AUGGACUGAUUGGAAAUCUCCCAAAAGAUAGCCGGCAUUUAAUCCCAUCUAAAGCUAAAGAUCCCAGAGAGGACGAUAGUGAAUCAUCGAUCGAUAAUGCCGCGGCUACUCCACCUCAAGGAAUGAAGCUCCACUGGCCAAGCAGCAAAAGAGGCUACACCGCCACCAUCAAUGCGGUCCAGGAAACUCUAGCGGCUCUCGACAAUGGAUCCAUCUCCGGCAGCCCAGUGCUCUACUCGGACCUCCUCCGCGGCUGCGGGACACUGGCGGACGCCCGCCGGAUCCGCCAAUACGCCACCCGCGACAAUGUCCUCGACCACCAUCCAUCGCUGGCAAGGCACAUCGUCCAGACCUUCGUCCGCCUGGGCAGCAUGGCCGACGCUCAAGACUCCUUCGCCGCCACCACGAAGAAAACCGGGGUGGUCAUCUGGACAGCCAUGAUCACGGGCUACGCCAAGCAUGGAGACUUCUCGCGGGCGAUCCAGUUUUUUGCAGAGAUGGAGAGAAACCACGUCCUCCCGGACAAGAUCACGUAUGUGGCGGUGCUGGGCGCGAUCCAGGAUCUGGAACAGGGAAGGAGAAUUCACGUCAGAAUCCAAGAGACGGGCUAUGAUACCGACCUGGUGGUGGCGAACGCGCUGAUGAAGAUGUACGCGGCGUGCUCCAGCCUCGCCGACGCUACUCGGGUUUUCGAAGCCAUGGAUCACAGGGACGUGGUGUCGUGGACCUCGAUCAUCGCAGCAAAUGCCAGGGCCGGGGACUUUCCAGCCGCGAUGGGUCUCUUCCGGAGGAUGCAGCUCCAGGGGACGCGGCCGAACCGGAUCACUCUCCUCGAGCUGCUGGCCUGGUGCGAUGAUCCGGGCGAGGGAGCGGCGAUCCACGAGCGAGCUUUUGCCAGUGGGCUUCGAUCCGAUGUCCCGGUUUGCAACGCGAUCCUCAACAUGCAUGCCAAGGCCGGGCGAUUCGAGACCGCCAGCGAGCUCUUCGAGAGGAUGCCCGUGAGGAACGCGGUCUCGUGGACAGCCAUGAUGGCGGCGAUGGUGAGGGCCGGGCGGCACGACGACGCGCUGCGGCUGUUCCGGGACAUGGAGGACGACGGCGUGGAGCCCGACUCGAUCGCGUUCAUCACCGUGAUCAAUGCCUGCUCCAGCGCCGCGACCGCGCGGUGGAUCCACGGGUGUAUCAUCCGGGGUGGCUGCGACUCCGACACUGCUGUGAGCAACGCGAUCAUCAGAGCCUACGCGAGGUGUGGGAGCUUGAAAGAAGCGUACCGGACGUUCGUGGAGAUAAAGGAGAGGCGGGAUCACGUCUCGUGGACGACAAUGAUCUCGGCGUUUGCGGAGUUUGGGCGGAUCAAGCGAUGCGUCCAGCUCUUCCGGGAGAUGCUGCUAGAGGGCGUGAGAGCGAACGAAGUUACCUUGAUCACGGUGGUGAAUGCUUGCGCGGGCGCGAGCGCGAUCAAGGAAGGGCGAUGGGUCCACGACUGCGUCAUUGGCUAUCAGCUGGAGAGAUCGAGCUCGAUGGUGGCCACGGCGCUGCUCGACAUGUAUGGGAAGUGUGGGAGCCUCGAGGUGGCGGCCAGGAUCUUUGGAGAGCUGGAGCAGCCGGACGUGGUUUCGUGGACGUCGAUCAUCGCCGCGACUGCCCAGAAUGGUGACGGAUCCAGCGCCGCCAGGCUCUUUUGCGCCAUGCAGCUCGAGGGAGUGAGGCCGGUGGACGUGACUUUCGUGAGCGUCGUCGCGGCUUGCAGCCAUGCCGGGAUGGUGGAUCUCGGGAAAGAGUUCGUGACGAGGUUGCGGAAGGAUCACCGGGAGGGGAUCGAGCUGACGCUGGAGCACUGUGGGUGCAUUGUGGAUCUGCUCGCUCGGGCGGGGCGGCUGGAGGAGGCCGAGUGUGUGAUCGAUUCCAUGCCGUUUAAGCCCACCCCGGCGGUAUGGAUGGCGUUCCUGGCGGGCUGCAAGACGUACGAGGAUAUCAGUCGCGGGCAGAGAGCGGCAGCGCAGAUUCUCGGCCUGGAUGAGAAGACUACCGCGGCUGUCAUCGCUCUCUCGAGCACUUACGCUGCUUCUGACCGCCGGGGAGAUGGCGAGGCGCUGAGAGGAUUGAUGGCGGAUGGAUGCCUCAAGGAGGAGCACGGCAUUGGAAUCCAAGACGGAGGUGGAUAAGAUUGAGCGAUGUUUCGAGAGGGAUUGGAUAGAGAUUCAAGAGAUUUCACGCAAGACUGCUAAGAGAUCAAUGCAAGAAUCCAAUAGAUCCAGAGAUGGAUAGAAAUCGAAGAGACUGAGGGAUAUUUCGAGAGAGAUCCGAGAUCCAAAAGAUUUCACAAAGAGAUAAGAGAGUAGAAGAGAUAGAGAUCCAGCAAGAAACAAUGGAUUACGUCACAGAUUCCAGAGAUCUUGUCAAGAAUGAGAAAUAUCUUACUGACGAAGGGAUUCCAAUGGCCAUCGAGCUUGGAGAAUCCACCAAGAACCCUACAUUAUGACACGUAAGCUGAGAGCCAGCUAAACAUUAUGCCAGGUGGGCGCCCACAUGGGUACCCACGUGGCGUCAUCAUACAGCGCUGUAGUCCAUUCACUGUACUGACACGUGGCCCACAAUGGCGGCAAGACUUGGCUGGAAAUAAAAUAUAGGGAUUGGGACGGGGCUUUUUGCUGGAGAUUCCAGCUUUUGGGAAAAACAGGUCACCGCCCAUUCUCGAAAGGACCGCUUAACCUUACGUGAAUGGUAACCGGCUGGUGAGUUUUUACCCCGGGUUUUCACCUCGAGUUUUUACUGCCUGGGUUUUUGCUGCUUGUAUAUAAAUCUCUAUCAUGUAUGUUCACUACACAGGGGCAGCGUUUUCUCUUGGUUCUUCCUCGCUCGCUUCUUCGCUCGCUCUCCUCGCCGAUCCAUCGAUCCAUCCCAGAGUUUUGACAAUGAGCUCUGAAGAGGCAAGCACAGAUCUGUGAGAAUGAGAGUAAAGGACGUUCCUCCCCCAACUCCAACUCCAGCUCCAGCUGAAGAAGUAACAACUCCAACUCCAACUCCAGCUGAAAAAGUGCCUCCAGCUGAGGAAGUGGCUCCGUCAGCUGAGGAAGCAUCAGCUCCAGCUGCAAAAGAAGUGGCUGCUCCUGAAGUUCCAAGUGAAGAAGCUGCUCCUCCAGCUGCUACACCUGAGCUGGAGGAGAAAACCAAAGAGCUGAGCUUGGAAGAUCCACCAGCAGCAGUUGAAGAAGCAGCACCUAAAGCACCAGCAGCAUCUGUGUUUAGUGUUACGGUCUAAACCCCUUGUGCAAGCAUCUCAAACUUUUCCUAUGAAUUCCUUUUGAUUAAAUAUCCAAAACAAUUGAAUUAUAAACAGC